CUAAAUUUAGUCACUGUUACACGCUUAUCAACUAAAGUAGUAUUAUUAAUUCACAGCAUGUCUCGUCUGCAGCAUUUCUUUACUUGACUUUGUUGUCCUUCAACUCUCUCUUCUCUCUCUCUCAACUCUCUUUUGCUGUAGGUUUGUGUCCGUUUAUAGCAUUUGGAAGAAGCAAAAGGGUUGGUGCCUGAAAUUCACACUCACAACAGUAAAAAAGCUUUGCCAUAAAAUAAAGAAUCGGACAUUUCCUCAAUUGGGUUCUCAGCAAAUCAGGAUCUGCUGCUUCAGUGUUCACUGUUUUUGUCUUGUAGCUUCUUUUGGAGGUUUCCAUGGAGAGUAGUGGCAAGAUGGAAGACUAUGAAGUGAUUCAGCAAAUUGGAAGAGGGGCACUUGGUGCAACUUUUCUUGUUCUCCACAAGAUUGAGAAAAAGAGGUAUGUGCUGAAGAAAAUUCUCUUGUCCAAACAAGCUGACAAAUCCAAAGUGACAGCACAACAAGAGAUGGACCUGAUAGCUAAACUAAAUUACCCUUAUAUUGUGGAGUACAAAGAUGCUUGGGUGGAGAAGGAGGAUUACAUAUGCAUUAUAACCGGCUAUUGCGAAGGGGGUGACAUGGCUGCAAAUAUAAAGAAAGCUCGGGGAUCUUAUUUUUCGGAGGAGAAAGUCUGCAAAUGGUUGACUCAGUUGCUACUAGCUGUGGACUACCUUCACUCCAAUCGGGUACUCCACAGAGAUCUUAAGUGUUCCAACAUAUUCCUUACCAAAGAAAAUAACAUUCGGCUAGGUGAAUUUGGUCUUGCGAAGCUUCUCAAUCCUGAAGACCUCACUUCUCCGGCUUUUGGAACCCUUAACUACAUGUGUCCCGAGGCCUUUGCUGGUAUGCCUUAUGGUUAUAAAUCUGAUAUGUGGUCACUUGGUUGCUGUAUGUUUGAAAUUGUUGCACAUCAACUAGCAUUUCGUGCUCCAGACAGGGCUGGACUUAUCAAUAAAAUAAAUAGAUGCUCCAUUUCUCCGUUGCCAAUUGUUUACUCGUCCACACUGAAACAACUUAUCAAGAGCAUGCUGAGGAAAAACCCAGAACACAGACCAACAGCAUCUGAAUUAUUAAGGCAUCCUCAUUUACAACCUUAUGUUCUACGCUGUCGUAAUGCUUCAUCUAUUUAUUUGCCAGUACAUCUUAUAAAUAGUAACUCUCCAAAGGAUAAAACUAAAAACAAAUCUAGUGGUAGCAAAGACCAUUGGGAUAAGGAAGCAGAAUUAGCAGGAUUAGUAAAUCGGUUGGACCGAAUUUAUCCAUUGGAGGGAAAUGGAGAUGUACAGACACGGAACCCGCAUAAUGAGGACAAGCUAGCAAUGCCAACCAAAGACAAGGUUGAGACCAAAAUGGUUGAUUCUACCAGCUAUACUCAGGAAUUUUCUACGAGUGUUAGUGGCUCAAAAGAUGGCUCUACAACAUCUGAAUCAACUGUUUGCAGUGUGAGCAAGGAAGGAGACUUUAAAAAUAGAUUUGCAAGGGACCCAGCUGACAGUGAGAUCACUUCAAAAAGUACAAUAGAUUGUGUGCAUGAAGAACAAGGACUUACUACCCAUAAGUCAUACGCAUUUGACAUAAAUACAGAAAUUAAAAAUGUUGAAGAUAUUCUUUCCAAUGAAGAUCUCAUUACAGAUGAAGCACUCAGCGAAGGUGCCAAAACUGGGGAUUACAGUAAAUCCACAAUAUCCAGUGAAGGCAGCGAGGGCAAUGAUAAAGAUGAGUCCAUUGAUGAGAUCAUGUCAAAGAGUACCCUUGAUUCUGUGCAUGAAGAACAAGGACUUACGGUGGAUCAUUUUCGGAAGUCGGAUGUGGUUGACCCAAGCACAGUAUCUACAGAAGUUGAAGAUAAUUUUUCCAGUGAAGGUUUUGAUAAAAUGGAAACAGAGAGGGAAAAUGACAAACUUGAGGACUCCAAAAAAUCAACAGUGUUCACUGAAAACAGCGAAGGCAAUGAUAAAGAUGUGUCCAUUGAAGAGAUAACUUCAAAGAGUAUUCUAGAAUCUGUGCAUGAUGAACAAGAAUUUACUGCUGAACAUUUUCCAAAGUCAGAUGUGAUUGACACGAAUGCAGUGGCUACAAAAUUUGAAGAUAAUUUUUGCAAUGAAGCAUUUUGUGAAACUGGAACAGAGACGAAAAGUGGUAGACAGGACUCCAGAAUAUUAGGGUACAUUGAUGACAUCAGAUUGAAGAGUACACUCGAUUCUAUGCAUGAAGAGAAAUGGUUUAUAGCUGAACCUGCUCAAAAGUUAGAUCUUGUUGACAUAAAAGCCACAGCUUCAAUACAUGUGGACAGAGUUUCUAAUGAAGGUUCUGGUGAAGCUGAAGCACAGAGUGAAGAUGCCAAACUUGAGUGCUCCAGUAAAUCAAUAAUUUCCUACGAUAACAGCAACGAUAAUGAUGAAGAUGGAUCUGGUGGUGAGAUCACUUCAAAGAGUAUGCUAGAAUCUGUAGGUGAAGAACAAGGACUCACUGCUGAGCAUUUCCAGACGUCUGAUGCAAUAGACAUAACUACAGUGACUACAGAAUUUGAAGAUAAACUUUCCAAUGAAGGUUUUGAUAGAGCUGAAACACAGGAGAAAGAAGCUAAACCUGAGGGCUCCAUUAAAUCUUUGUUCAGUGAAGAAGGCAGCAGCAGUGAUAAAGACGGGUCCAUUGAUGAGGAAAGGUCAUCAUCCCCACUGGCACAACCUUUUAGGGUUGAACAUGACACUGAAACUGGAAGCAGCUUGAAGGAAGAUGAAAAACCUGAAGGAUUUAAAGAGGGCUCACACACGAACAGCUUGACUUCUGAUACUAAGGAUACGCAUCCAGGUAAGGAUGAAAACAGAGAAGACACCCACACAAUCAGUUGCUCAACGUGUAAAGAAGACAGCAAGGCUGUUGUGACCCAGAAGCCAGCAAAUGACAUUUCAUUAAUGAAGCGUCUUUCAAGAGGCAGUAAUGCUUCUUGCCAGCAAAGAGCUGAUGCUUUGGAAUCUCUGCUUGAGUUAUGUGCACAGCUACUUCAGCAAGGAAACUUUGAAGAGCUUGCUGCUGUGCUAAGACCAUUUGGAGAAGAUGCUGUAUCUGUGUCUUCCAGAGAAACAGCGAUAUUGCUAACAAAAAGCCUCAUGGCCUCCCAAAAACUUAAUCCUGAAACGUAGUUUGUGAGAGGUGUUGUGCUCAUUAUUUAAACAUUGUUGUAAGAAAAAUGUGUAUUUCCAAAUAUUACAUGAGUUUGUUUCUGAGACUUUAGCUUGAUUGAAGAUUUGAGGCUGGAGAAUAACAUCCCAUAAAUUCUUUGCUUGUAAA